AUGCGCUUUUCCGUCGCUUCACAAGUCCUCUGCGGCGCCGUGGCCGUAUCCGCCCUGUCGAUUCCCCGAUCCAUCGAGAAGAGGUUAAAACUCAUCGGUCUGGGACAAUUCGGCAGCUUCCCGACUAUCACGCCCGAGGAAGCCCACCGCGAGGCCGAGAAUAUUCUCAAGGACAUCAUCUUAGGCGAUGGUCCCCAGUUCAAGCAUGGUCAGGGAGGGGUCGGGUCGAGCACCAAGCCUAGCAGUGCCUCCGCCGUCGGCAACAUCGCCGCUGCCGAUGCCGGCACCUGUGACCCCAAUAACCCGGCCGUCCGUCUCGAGUGGCGGAACUACUCGCCGGACGACCGGAAGGCUUUUGUCGACGCCAUCAAGUGCCUAAUCGACAAGCCCUCUUCCGGCGGGUUCCAGGGCUCGCAAAACAGAUACGAGGACAUCGUGUCGGUGCACCAACAACUCACUCCUAGCAUUCACCAGAGCGCCGUAUUUCUCCCGUGGCACAGGUACUACGUGUCGAUCUUCGAAUCACUGUUGCGUGAGGAGUGCGGCUUCGACAGGGCUCUCCCGUGGUGGGAUGAGACACUGGACGCGGGCAAUUUCGCCCAGUCGUCGAUAUUCACCGACGAAUACUUCGGCCCUCUUCCAGCGAAGACGUCCGACGGCCAGGGCACUUGUAUCGAGUCGGGCACAUUUGGUGGGCUGACACUCCACGUCGGCCCCGGCAGCCGAUUCACUGACCAUUGUUUGGCGCGCGCUGCCGACGAGGGUCUGACGGGAGUGGUCACCUCCCAGUUCGUCCAGGACUGCAAUUCGCGCAGCACAUACGAUGCCAUGCGAAGCUGUCAGGAGCUUGGUCCCCAUGCAUAUGGCCACAACGGCAUCGGCGCCGUCAUGUCUGAGGUCCAAGCCUCCCCCGGCGACCCCGUGUUCUUCUUGCACCACCUAUUCGUCGACCAUGGGUUCCGCGUUUGGCAGAACGGUGACCCUUCGCGCAGCAGCACCAUCGACGGCUGUGCCGGUAGCAGCAGCCCGUGCACCCCAGUUUCCAUGGACACGGUUCUCAGCUCGAAUGGACUACGACCUGACACCACCGUAGGCGCCGUUAUGGACACCUUGGGCGACUACUUAUGCUAUCGAUACGAUUACUAA